GUUCCGAGCUUGGUUUUAGAGAACAGCUAUACCAGGCUUGGCUGAAUUUAUAGAUUGGUUGUAGCUUGCUUGCUUGUUUGUACACGCUUCCAAAGGAGAUUCUUUGAUUUUUGAGUACUGGAGAACUCGAGAAUCGGAGAGCUAGAGAACUGAAAACUGGAAAACUGCGAAGCUACGAUACAUCUUAUCCUGUCUGCGGAACAGAUAACAAAAUGGCUAGUUCUUUGCCCUUUAGGGAUAUCAAUGUUCAUGCCUCGACAUCGCAUUACGCAUUCACAUCACCGUCGUCACCCGCAGCACCAACACUUGUAGUUGAUCGGCCAACAGGAGAUUUACGACUCAGUGAUGGACUACUUUUGGGAGGAAAACGCGUCUCCAGUAUUGCUGGCAUUUUGGGCAUAAUCAAACUAAGGCUAGGUAUUUAACAACAGUACAUUCAUUACUCGGAAGUUUGGACUAAUUUCUUCCUAGAUAAGUACAUUAUUGUGAUUACAAAGGCAGAGCCUAUGGGAAGGUUGAAGGGUCAUAUGGUAUACAAAGUUAUCGCAACGAAAUUUCUACCUCUUCGAGAACGAGUGCUUCGAGACCAAGAUGAGGAUACCUACCUUAAUCUCCUCAAGAUUUUCAUCAAGUCUGGACCGAUGUACUUUUCCUAUUCCACCGACAUUACCAACACUUUCCAAAGGCAAUCACAAAUCGAUCCAUCUGCUCCUCUUUGGAAAAGAGCCGAUGAUCGAUUUUUCUGGAAUAAAUUUGUUCAAUCAGAUUUAAUAGAUUUCCGAACAUCAGGGUCUAGACAUCAACAUGGACAGCAACCAAGGGUGGAUCCAUAUAUCUUACCGGUUAUGUUUGGAAUGCUUGAAAUUGUUCAGACUCAAGUCAAGACCACUCCAUUAACAUUUGUAUUGAUUACUCGAAGAUCCAGGUAUCGAGCUGGAACUAGAUACUUUUCUCGGGGAGUGGAUGAGGAAGGGCACGUUUCGAACUUCAAUGAAACUGAACAAAUCAUCAUCCUGAAUGAUAAUACCAGUGGGUUUGGUGGUUUCGCUGGAGGCGCUGGAAUGCAGAACGGCAAAGUUAGAGGGUCAGGCGGCAAGGAGGUACAGGUAUUGUCAUACGUACAGACCAGAGGAAGUGUUCCGGUAUAUUGGGCUGAAAUAAACACUUUGCAUUACACACCAAAACUUCAAAUUCGAGGAGUAGAAACAGCUGUUCCUGCCGCCAGGGCACAUUUCGACGAGCAAAUCCGAGUUUAUGGAGACAAUUACUUGGUAAAUUUGGUGAAUCAGAAGGGGCGAGAGCAACGGGUGAAAGAAGCAUAUGAGCAGAUGGUAAAGAUUCUGGUUUCGGCGCCAGUCGAAGGAAGACAAAGCGAUAAAAUUACAGAUGAGAAAUUCCGAGUGGUUGAACCCAGAGGAAAAAGACAGGUGAUGGACAGACUGCAUUACAUAUACUUCGAUUUCCACAACGAAACCAAAGGGUUAAAAUGGCACCGAGCACAAUUACUGCUUGAUCAACUUGGUACUGCUCUUGAGACGCAACAAUAUUUCCGUGGUGUUGACAUGCCAGCCGAUAUUUAUGGCCGUCUCGAAGUUCGCAAUCACCAAACCAGUGUUGUCCGUACGAAUUGCAUGGAUUGCCUUGACAGAACAAAUGUUGUCCAAAGUAUGCUUGGACGCUGGACUCUUAAUCGCCAAUUAAUAGAUCUCGGUGUUCUCACCCUUGGGGAGAACUUCACGUUAGCCGACCCACAAUUUGAAGUCCUUUUCCGCAAACUUUGGGCGGACAACGCUGAUGUUGUCUCAAAAUCUUACUCUGGAACUGGUGCUCUGAAAACAGACUUCACACGCACAGGUGUUCGAACUAAAGCCGGCGCUCUUCAAGAUCUCCAAAAUUCUAUUACUCGAUAUGCGAGAAAUAAUUUCCUAGAUGGACCCAAACAGGAUUCAUUCGAUCUCUUCUUAGGCUAUUACCUUCCCAGCAAUGCAAAUAUCGAUUCUCACCUUAUAACUGCCGAUAGAAGACCAUUAGUCAUCCAAAGCAUCCCUUAUAUCCUUGCCUUCAGUAUCUUCUUCGUUUUUGUUGGACUUUUCACUCCUCGUUUACCUAACGCCGCAGUAUUGCCUUUAAGACUAUGGAACGUUGUUUGGCUGGUGGUAGGAGCAUGGUGUGCUAGCUUCGUUUACCGCAAUGGAAUGCUAUAUGUACGUUUUUCCUUCCUUCUUCAUUCCUCUCCUCUUCUACACAUUAUCUGUGCCAUUUUCGUGCACCCACCACCCAUAUUUACUAACAAACCUUUCCACAGGUCAACUGGCCAAAACUCAAUCCCCGUCCCUGGGCAACAGAAGGCUACAAUGAAGCAAUAAGUAACGUCAUCAAAGACAAGGUAGUUGGAGGAUUAUUAACGACUAGACAUGAGCGUGGAUUAAGCACAGCUCGAUACGCGAAUGCUGAAGAGGGAAAAAAGAGAAUCGAGUAGAUUUAUUUCCUUUUCCUUUGUCCUUUUUUCUUUUCUCCAGAAUCCGCAGAAUGGCAUGCAAGGUCUUUAUUUUAUCAAUUUGAGAUUUUUAUUACCUAUGCGAGUUGAUUUUAUUUCUUUUUCGUUUUUUUUUUUCGCUUUUGAAGUGUGGAUGGAUGGAUGGGG